CAAGCACCACCUACCCGAGACCCUCUUGACGAUCUCGACCGCAAGCGCCUCCCCGAGCUUCAGUACCUCAGCAUCUACUGCCCCUUUAGCCUCAACUCCAAGCCCUGCCCCCAUGGCGCAAAGUGCACACUCAAGCGCGUUCUCUGCGCCUUUCGCACCAACCAAGGACACUGUGAUGGUCAUCACGAUGUUGCGGCUGUCUGCGGGCAGUUUCUGACGGACAAGGGUUGCAAGUACCGUAAGGAGGGUGAUCAUCCUUGGUUCGACAAGAGUCAUGAUGUUGAGUUGAGGACUUGCAUGGAUGUCAUGGUUAAGCCUCAUCGUUUGGGUCUUUAUGGUGUGCAGCACUAU